GUUCCGUCUAAUCCGUUAGACACUUUCUAUUUAACAUCAUCACCACACUGACACUUUCGUCUCUCACUUUUAUCCCCACUCUCAAGUUUGUCUGCUUCUUCCGUCCAUCUACAAUUCGUACAGAUGAACAAAGAAACCACAAACUUCUCAAUUACAGCAAUUCGUCAGACAUUGUAGCUACCUUUUCCCUACCUAGUACCUACAAUUAGCAGGUAUUAGGUAUAGUUACCCAUCCUACUAUUCUAUACUCGGUACCUAAUUACCUAGGUAUUGAGUACUUCGUUUUUCAUCUCGUUUCUUUCACACACAACCUAAUCUCACCAUACAUCGGACUCAAUAAAUUCGUCACCAAUGGAUAAUGACAAUCCACGACCAGGCGGUCCUCGUUUCGCGCUGACAGACUUUCUUCGGUCGCAUAAUAUAUCUACGAACGCUAGCAGUCGUGCACGUCGAGGCCAUCCCACCAAUUCAGCUACGAGCACCAUGGCAACACCGAGCGCCCAGACUGUAGGAGAAGGCCAAGAAAAGGAUGGUGAAGAUGAAAAAGAUGCCACAGACGGAGAAGAUGCCAUAGACGGAGAAGAUGUCACAGAUGGAGAAGAUGCCAAAGACGCCAAAGAUGGUAAAGCUGUCAAAGAUGGUAAAGCUGCCAAAGGUGGUAAAGCUGCCAAAGAUGCCAAGAAAGACGGUGCGAAUGAUGUGCGCAAGCGCAAGCGCGAGCGCGAAGAGGCUCGUGAGAUGCACAAGAUAAGGAUAAGUAAACGUUUCAAGAAAGAGUGUGCAUCUCAUCCCAAUGAGGAUGAGGAAGCAGUUUUACGUAGACUUCACUUUGCACAAGUCCAGAAACAACGAAGGCGAAACCAAACGUCUGCUGCGUCCAUGCCAGGACAGACGGCGAACUGUGAAAGCUGCCAGCAGCGUUUUACGGUGACACCAUACACACGCGCCGGUCCGAACGGAGGCCUACUUUGCACAAAGUGUGGCAAGAACCUCGCCGAUGAAGAAGAUGCCAAGAAGAGCAAGAAGGCAAGCAACGGUGUACCCGGUAAAGGUCACAAGGAGCAUCGAAAAAAACAAGCAGGCACGCCUUUCGGAACUGGGGUAAAAUCGCUUGUCACGCUUUGCAUCGAAACCCUCGCAGCGAAUAUCAGCCUUGCUGACUCUUUCGGCGACCUCCCUCCUCUAGUCAUCGAUCGUAUUGCAAGAAUGUUGUCUAAACGUCGCAUGAUAAACUCGCAAACGUUAGAGCUAUUUCUUCCGUACCAGCCAGAAGAUAUGUGCAUAUACGACGCAGCUCAGCUUGAACAGCAAGAUUACAUCCGCAUUUUCCAGGUCUGUACUGGAAUGAAGCAAUUGAAAUUGUAUAACGCAAUUCAAUUCAGAGACGAGGCAGUCGAGUAUCUCAUCGGACGAAACUUCAAUCUUGAAAGUCUGUAUCUUUCCGGCGCGAACCUCUUGACCGAGAAAGGUUGGACGGAUUAUCUGAAAGCUAAGGGGGGGCAUCUCAAGAGUCUGCGCGUGUACUUCACGGAUCAGGAAUUCAACCGCAACGUUCUUGCGGCCAUUAAACACUUCUGCCUAUCACUGGAACGACUUAAGAUCUGCCAUAAUCAGCAGGUUUCAGAUGACGAGUUGGAAUGCAUCGCUAGCAUUCAAACUCUCCGACACAUCGGUCUACACCUGGUCAAAGAGACCACUACUCGCAUCUACAUCUCCAUCAUCAAUCACCUAGGCAAGAACUUGGAGACCUUCUCCAUCAGAACAGUGCCACAAGUCGGCGAUGGCUUGCUAGAGGCAAUUCAUGCGAACUGCACCCGGCUAUCGAAGCUUCGCAUUACGCAUAGCGAAGCCAUGACAGAUGCUGGGUUCGUCAAAUUGUUCACGGGAUGGAAGAACAAGCCACUGAAGUUCAUCGACUUCGAGAAAUGCCUUCCGAUAGCAAAUGCAAACCCUCAGGAGAACACUAAAAUGGUGGGCCUCCAUUCAAAUGGCUUCCAAGCGAUGAUGAACCAUUCCGGACUGGGGCUCAAGAAGCUGAAUAUCCACUGUUGCCGAUAUAUCUCUGGAGAGGCUUUUGAAGAAGUUUUUGCUCUCGGCAAGAUAUACCCCGACCUCCUGGACUUGGAGGUUAGCUUCUGCGAAUCAGUAACGGAUUACAUCGUGGGAUUGAUCUUCAAAAGUUGCCCACGCUUACAGAAACUGAACGUUUUCGGUUGCAUGAAGGUUAGUGACCCCCGAGUGCCUCGCGGCAAGUUCUUAGUUGGCCUCCAAAACGCAAAAGGCAUUAGUAUCCAGGGCACCGAGGAUUAACUUCAUUCGCAAUAUCAAACCUCGUCUACAUGUCUAUCUACGGGAAGGACAGAUGCAAGCAGGUGGUAUGAGGUUUUAUUACGGAAUGGAUUAAGCACGGCAUGAUCGUGCUAGGAAAAGGUGUUGUCCUAUUUGCAAAGAUUCUUGCUAUUGAAUCUCUAAUGGCUCGUGGACGUUAGCACGGCAUGAUUUGCACUUUGCACAAGGAGAUAUGAGAUCAUGAGGUCAUGAUGUAGAGUAUGAAGAGUGAUGACUUCUACUCGUUUUGCUGUACUAUAGCUCCCCCAUCAGAUUCCCCCAUUACCCCCAUCCCCAUCACCCAGUUCCCCAAUUCCCCAAUUCCCCAAAACGUUCUGCAUCACGGCAAUUUGUG